UCCUGUCACUGGCUUAUAUGGACAAGUCAGCCUUCUGUCACGUGACCCCAGCUGCUAAAAACAGCUCUGGCUCCCACUCGGAACCAGGGCCAGAAACAAUGUCCUCCACGGAAAGAAACAUGAAGGACACUUGAUCACACAAUCCUUGGAAUUACUUCCAGGAAACACUUGUAGAGACCAUUCGGAGCACCCUUUCCCUGGCAGUGCGCACGCCGACGGCUAGGAGAUGAGCGCAUCUUUGAAUUAUAAGUCUUUCUCCAAAGAGCAGCAGACCAUGGACAACUUGGAGAAGCAGCUCAUCUGUCCCAUCUGCUUGGAGAUGUUCACAAAGCCUGUGGUCAUUCUCCCCUGUCAGCAUAACCUGUGUAGGAAAUGCGCCAGUGAUAUCUUCCAGGCCUCUAACCCGUACUUGCCCACAAGAGGAGGCACCACCGUGGCAUCAGGGGGCCGAUUCCGCUGCCCAUCCUGUAGGCAUGAAGUGGUUUUGGAUAGACAUGGGAUAUAUGGACUUCAGAGGAACCUGCUGGUGGAAAACAUCAUUGACAUCUACAAGCAGGAGUCCACCAGGCCUGAAAAGAAGUCCGACCAGCCCAGGUGCGAGGAGCACGAAGAGGAGCGCAUCAACAUCUACUGUCUCAACUGCGAGGUGCCCACCUGCUCCCUGUGCAAGAUCUUCGGGGCACACAAGGACUGCCAGGUGGCUCCUCUCACUCACGUGUUCCAGAGGCAGAAGUCUGAGCUCAGUGAUGGCAUUGCUGUCCUUGUGGGAAGCAAUGAUCGAGUCCAGGGAGUGAUCAGCCAGCUGGAGGACACCUGUAAAACCAUUGAGGAAUGCUGCAAAAAGCAGAAACAGGAACUUUGUGAGAAGUUUGAUUACCUGUAUGGCAUCCUGGAGGAGAGGAAGAAUGAGAUGACCCAAGUCAUUACCCGAACCCAAGGGGAGAAGCUGGAACAUGUCCGUGCUCUGAUCAAAAAGUAUUCUGAUCAUUUGGAGAAUGUAUCAAAGUUGGUCGAGUCAGGAAUCCAGUUCAUGGAUGAGCCAGAAAUGGCAGUGUUUCUGCAGAAUGCCAAAACUCUGUUACAAAAAAUUUCUGAAGCAUCGAAGGCAUUUCAGAUGGAGAAAAUAGAGCAUGGUUAUGAGAACAUGAACCACUUCACAGUCAACCUCAACAGAGAAGAGAAAAUAAUCCGCGAAAUUGAUUUUUACAGAGAAGAUGAAGAGGAGGAGGAAGGAGAAGAUGCCGAGGGAGAAGGAGAAGAGGCAGGCGGAGGAGAGGGAGAGGUAGAAGGUAUACAAUUGGAAGAGGUAGAAAAUGUUCCGGCAGAGCCAUCAGAAGAGGAGGAGAGUCUGGAGGAAGCCUUGGAGCCCUCUCAGCUGGCCUCAGAGCUCCAGGCUGGCCCAGCGACUCCUCCUGUUUCCUCUGCAGAGCCACCCCCUCCGGCCUUGGCUCCUGCUGUGGACGCCCCGGUGACACAGGGGGAGGUUGUACCCACUGGCUCUCAGCAGACCACAGAGUCUGAAACUCCAGUCCCUGCAGCAACGGACACUGCGGAUCCCUUGCUUUACCCUAGUUGGUAUAAAGGCCAAACCCGGAAAGCUACCACCAACCCGCCUUCCACCCCAGUGAGAGAAGGUCUGGGGCACAUAGGGACUCCGGGUUCUGAGGAUUCCAAUGUGCAGAAGGCAGAAGUGGCAGAAGCCGCAGCCAGUGAGUGGGCAGCAGUGAGUGGUAAGGCAACUAGUUCACCUGCAGCUACUUCUCAGACUGGAUUUGAGGACCCUUCCCUCCAGGGACAAGCUGCAGCUUCAGGGAGUGGGACUGGAGCUGAUUCUGAGCCAGCUCGCCAUGUCUUCUCUUUUUCAUGGUUGAACUCCCUGAAUGAAUGAUGUUCAUUCCAACUGCUGCCCCCGUCUGCCUGGCUGAAACUCAUACAGGCAGCAGGGAACCUAGAUGAAAUUAAUACGAUGCAGAUGAUAAAAGGGACCUCUGAACAAGAUUUCUGCAAAAAAAUAAAAUCUUUAAUUCCAGAUGAUUUAUCUAAUGUAUUAAGGGGAAACAGUUGCAGAAAGCACUGGAAAAAAAGAAACUUGAUCUUAUGCAAAUCUUUUAUUGUGUGGGAAACAUGAAGGAUGUGUAAGUGUGGUAUGUGUGAGUGCGUGUCAGUAACAAGUGGUAAGUGUUGGAAAAAGUGGGCACUACACUCUCGUCUCUGAUAAGCACUAGCUUUUGUUAUUCUAUCAUAGUAGCUCUUAUUCUCUUUCCUUAUUAACAAUGUGGAUGGUCAGUGAAAUUCAGUAUUAAUUCAGAAGUGACUGAUUUAUCAACAUGUGGACAAAGGGUAAAUCAUUGACCAAAGGUAUGUAAUGUUUCACAAAGGUUUCCUCUUUUCUGUACUAUAUGUCGCUGGAUGUAUAUCUAGAAAUGUUCUUUGGCUCUGGUGACACUUUCAUAGUCCAGAAGUCUAAAGGGCUAGGACAUUUCCUGUGACAUUUUCUAAUCUCAGUUUUUUAAAUAUGCAGAUAGCAGGCACUUUAAUUGAAAAAAUAAAAAACUUUUCAACAGGAACUGUCUACUUUCUCAUGUAUCCUCUGAGAUACAGCUGCAUGUGUUUAAAUAUA